AUGCCAUCUGAUCAAGUCGAGCGGAUGCCCUUUGCUCAACCUCAGUUCUGGGCGGGCCAAGAGCUUGGCUGGUCAGUCAUGGUACGCAUUGAUGGUCAAACCUGGGGUCUCAUGGGGAUCUCAGAUUCGGAUGCCGAAUCGAUCCUCCCUGCCACAGUACAUCGUGCCGAGUUCACCGCGACUCACUCUGUCUUUGAUCUAUUGGCCGGCUCAGUUGCGCUCACUUUGGACUUCUUUUCUCCCGUGUCCCCCUCAAACUAUGUUCGACAGUCGCUUCCUUUCAGUUAUCUGACGGUGCGAGUGAAGAAUGCACAAGAUCGUCAUAUUCAACUUUACUCAGAUAUUGAUGGUCGGUGGACGGGACAGAGAGAUCGGUCGGUCCACGCCUUUGAGGCAGAAGGAGAGCUUAUGUUUCAUGCCCUGUCAGUGAAAGACGCGCCUGAAUACGAGGAACAUGAUGACAUGGCCAUCUGGGGAAAGGCAAUUCUUGCUUCUCGGUCCCAAAACCGGGGUAACCUCUCUGCUCUCGCUGGGGAUGCCCAUAUCGUGAGGAGCAACUUCGCGGAAGGUGGUCAACUUUCUGGAAGAGUGUCCUCUUGGUCCCCGGAAGGUGUAGUUGCUCUUGCGCAUGAUUUAGGGAAGCUUUCUCACUCGGACUUGGUAACCUUUGCGGUUGGCUAUGAAAGAGACCAUGCUAUUGACUACCUUGGUGAGCCUUACACUGGCUUCUAUAAAUCCGAAUUUCCCACUACAGCUGAGGCCUUAUCCUUCUUUUUCGACGAUUUCGAGGAUUCGGAGCGUGAAUCUUGGCACCUGGAUCAGGAACUCUCCACUCUUUCAACGGCUACUGCUGGACCUAAAUAUGCUGAUAUUGUGGCGCUAUCUCUUCGCCAAGUGUGGGGGGGCAUUGAUUUGACCAUACCCGACAUGUCGAAAGACCCGGAUAGCGUGAUGGCUUUCAUCAAGGAACUGUCCAGUGAUGGCAAUGUCAACACCGUCGAUGUAAUUAUGCCGGCCUUUCCAAUCUUUUGGGUCAUGGAUCCCAACUGGAUCCGUCUCUUACUGGAACCAGUAAUGCUUUACUUGGAGUCCGGUCGAUGGAGACUUCCCUACGCAAUCCACGAUAUUGGGACUCACUACCCCCGAGCAGUUGGUCAUGACGAUCAAGAGGCGGAGCCCAUGCCAAUUGAAGAAUGUGGCAAUCUGCUCAUCUUAGCCCUCGCUUAUGUUCGUGCGACAGCGGACCACAACUGGAGCGAUCGCUAUAUGCCGGUAUUCCAGAAAUAUGCUGACUACCUGGUCGAAAAUGGGGUGAAUAUCACUGAGCAGCUCUCGUCCAAUGAUGCUGCCGGACCUCUUACCAACGAGACCAACCUCGCUAUCAAGGCAGCCAUUGGCAUCGUGGCGUACGGAGAAUUGAGUCGAGAUGAGAAAUACACUCAAAUAGGAAAUGAGCACGCAACCCUCUUUUUCGAACAGGGACUCGGCACCGAUGAAAAUCGGACCCACUUCACGCUUCUGUAUCCUGAUCAGCCAGGCACGUGGAAAAUUCCAUACAAUCUCUACCCUGACCUCCUUUUGGGCUUAGAGACUUUCCCCGCAGAAGCGUACCUGAUGGGCAGUCAAUUUUUCCAAAAUCCCCGCCCUCACACCUUCGGCGCUCAAGGCUAUCCUCUCUCAAACGGUGCAGCCCCGUCCGGUCCAGCGCCCGGAGCUGUGCCACUCCUUCCCAACAAUGGCCGACUAAUCCAGAAUGGACCGACUCGCAUUCUGUGCAUUGCGGAUGUCAGAGGAAACUUGAAGUCUCUGAAUGAGCUCGCGAAGCAAGCUCGCGCAGACCAUAUCAUCCACACUGGCGAUUUUGGUUUUUACGAUGAUACUUCGUUGGAGCGCAUUGCAGACAAGACCCUUAAGCAUGUGGCUCAAUACUCUCCACUCCUUCCUGAGAACGUAAAGCGGACAAUUGCGCAGGUUCCUCCCCAGCAAUCCAUCAAGCAGCGUUUUACUCCCGACCAACUACCACUUUCUGAGCUGCCCAUGCUCCUGGACAAGCGUAUCAGCCUUGAUGUGCCUGUCUACACAGUUUGGGGUGCUUGCGAAGAUGUUCGUGUCUUGGAAAAAUUCCGCUCAGGAGAAUACAAGGUCAACAACUUGCAUAUCAUUGACGAGGCCAACUCGCGGCUGCUGGAUAUCGGCGGUGUCAAACUGCGUCUGCUCGGACUGGGCGGUGCUGUGGUCAUGCACAAGCUUUUCGAUAACGGAGAGGGCAAGACAACUAUUGCUGGUGGUCAGGGCACCAUGUGGACCACUCUUUUGCAAAUGGGUGAGCUCAUCGAUACCGCCCACCGUGUCUAUGACCCCUCGGAGACCCGGGUGUUCGUGACACACGCCUCGCCCGCCCGUGAAGGCAUGCUGAACCAGCUAUCUGUCACCCUCAAGGCCGACUUCUCCAUCUCGGCUGGCCUGCACUUCCGCUAUGGCUCAUCUUACAAUGAGUUCUCUGUCAACCCCUCGCUCGACCACUACCGUGGAAAGCUGGCUGCCUCCAAAGCCUCAUUCACCGACGUUUGGGAGACCGUGCGAGGAGAGGUAGAGUCGGCGAUCUCCUCUAACGAGGCCCAGAAGACCCUCCUGGACAAUGCGCUCGAUGUUGUACAAAAGAUGCCCUCUAUUGCCAACGGAGGCAAUCCCUUCGGAGGCCCCGUCGCUGCUGGAAAUGCUGCUGGCCAAGUUGACGAGAGUGCUUUCAAGAACAUGUGGAAUUUCAACCUUGCCGAUGCUGCGUUUGGUUAUUUGGUCCUGGAAAUCGAAGCUGGGCGCAUUGCCACGGAAAUGCGCGCUCAAGGCUUUAACUUCGCACACCGUAGCGGCAAGCCUGUGCCCGGCGGUGCUCAGCCCGCUCCCGGGGCUUUGCCCGCGACAACCGCCUCUCCGGCGCCCACUGGUGCUGGUGGUCGCCCCCCAGCGUCCGCUCCCCAGUUUGGCCAGGCGCCCCCGGUGACCAGCGGCCCCGCUGCCGGUCAAGGCAAGGCUCAGCCCGCUCGCGGCUCACCUGUCCCCGUUAUCCCCAAGGCCGCGACACCACAGCCGCCAGCUAGCACCUCUGCCCAGCCUACCGGCGAGGAGAAGGUCGCUAGUACCGGUGCGAAUGGCCACGUUCAACAAGACAAGCCUUCCGAGUCUACUGCUCCACGAGGGGAAAAGAAGCCCAGCAACGGACUCUUCGUCUCCAAUGUUGACAGUGAGCAAAAGGUUCGCGAUCUGCUCCCAGAAGAGGACAAGGCGAAAGCCACCAAGAUUGAGAGGUACGGCAAGUUCAACUAUGUGGUGACGUUCCCUACCGUGGAGGACGCGACAGCCGCUCUUGAACGUCAGCCCAUCGAGCACAAGAAGCCCACCACCGGCUCUGGCCCGCGGAAGCCUAACUUCAAGUAUUUCGAGGAACGUCCUCGUGCUCAGGGUAAUGCCGGCACUUGGCAGAGCAGCACUCGCGGUGGCGCUACAUCUGGCCAGCGCGGCUACCAGAGUGCCAGCGACAGCGAGGGAGCGCGCCGUGGUGGAUUCGGUGGUCGCGGACGUGGUCGGGGCGAUCGGGGUCGUGGCGGUCGUGGAGGCCGUGGCGGCUUCAAGCCCGGCUCGACUGACGCCUCAUCAAUUCCAUCUGGAGACAAGCCCGCUCCAUCUGGGGGCGAGGCUUGA